CCUAGCCCCGCCCCGAUUGCCGCAGCUUUCCAAUUGAUUCUGUCUGCGGAAACUCGGAGGCGAGCAGAGGCCCAGAGAUCUUGCGCGGAUUGGUAAGCGUCUUCGCGGCUCGCAUUCUUGCCAGCUGACCUCAGGCUAACCUGUUCACUGUGGAAGAGGACUACAUGAGGAUGUUGGAAACCAAGAGGCAAGAAUCAUUGGAGGCCAUUGUGGAGGCUACUACAUGGUUACAAGAGUGUUUGCCUCAUAAAAAUAUACUUUUGCCAUAUGAGGUUGAAUAUGGCAGAAGAAGAGGACUAUAUGUCUGAUGCCUUCAUUAAUGUCCAAGAAGAUAUCAGGCCGGGCUUGCCAAUGCUGAGACAAAUCCGGGAAGCCCAUCGAAAAGAAGAAAAGCAGCAAGAAGCUAAUUUGAAAAAUAGGCAGAAGAGUUUAAAAGAAGAAGAACAAGAGAGACGUGACAUUGGGUUGAAGAAUGCACUAGGCUGAAACAAAGGGUUUGCUUUGCUCCAAAAGAUGGGAUAUAAAAGUGGCCAGGCACUUGGCAAGAGUGGAGAUGGUAUUGUUGAACCAAUUCCUCUCAGUGUCAAAACAGGGAAAAGUGGCAUUGGUCAUGAGACAUUUUUGAAACGGAAAGCAGAAGAAAAAUUAGAAAGCUACAGAAGAAAAAUUCACAUGAAAAACCAAGCUGAAGAAAAAGCUGCAGAACAGUUUCGAAUGAGACUUAAAAAUAAGCAAGAUGAAAUGAAGCUAGAAGGAGAUCUUAGAAGAAGCCAGAGAGCCUGUCAACAAUUGGAUACUCAGAAGAACAUUCAGGUUCCCAGAGAGGCAUGGUACUGGUUGAGUCCUGAAGAGGAGACUGAAGAAGAGGAAGAAGAAGAUGAAGAUGAAUAUAAGAGUGAAGAUUUAAGUGUACUGGAAAAAUUACAAAUAUUGACUAGUUAUUUAAGAGAAGAACAUCUGUAUUGUAUUUGGUGUGGAACAGCCUAUGAAGAUAAAGAAGACCUGUCUUCAAAUUGCCCAGGGCCAACUUCUGCAGAUCAUGACUAAGAUUAUUCUCAAUAAAGUCAAAGCUUGCAAAUGUUA